UUAUUUUAAUACACGAGAUAUAUAAUAAUUUUCCGUUAACGUAAGCCAUCCAAAAUUUAAAAACCAUCAUGUCGGAGGAACCUUGAACCUACCCCAAAAUAAAGGCCAGGUACAAUUUUUGACACGAUCGUGCGAGACCACGUAACUAUACGUGGGGUCCACUAAAACCUAGGGAAAGCCGGGAAAUUCCAACUCCUCAGUCGCUUUGACUUUUAACCGUGAUUCCCUUUCCCCAGCAUCCGUGGCAUUUUCGUAAAUUAAUGAAACUAAUUUCUUCACAGCACACAACAACAUACUCCACCGUUCUUGCUGUAACUCCAAACUUACAGGCGAGAAUCCACCCCAUAAAGCACAGAUCAAAGUUUUGAUUUUUAAUGCUGGUGUUUCUUCAUUUGGUGGAAAGCUAAUGCUUUUUAUUAUUUUUCUCGUGUUUCCCAUUUCCGAUGUGUUGGAAAUGAUCUCAAUGAACAAGGACGGUAUUGGGGUUUCUAUUCAUCAGUGAUGUUUAUGGUGUACAUGGAAACAUAAGCGAAGGACCAUCAAGCGUGGCGUAAUGGGAAGAGUGCCAGGUUUUGACGAGGGAAGAUCUUCUGUGGUGUGAGAGGCUGAUCCUGUUGUCCACUAUCAAUGGCUUUCAUGAGAAGUACAUGAAUGUGGAGGUAUAUUCAGCAGACAAUGUCUUCAACAAUACAUUCAACUGACGAGGAGCACCAAACAAAGGAGAUGGACAUUAGAAGCCUGUCAUCCUCUCGCCGUCACCCUCAAAACGCGCCACAUAUACACAAGGUUGGAGUUCCGCCUAAGCAAAACCUCUUCAAAGAAUUCAAAGCUACUGUGAAAGAGACAUUAUUUGCAGAUGAUCCCCUGCGUCCUUUCAAGGACCAACCAGGAUCCAAAAAGUUCGUCAUGGGCAUGCAAACCCUCUUCCCUAUUCUUGAAUGGGGUAGAAGUUACAAUUUCACUAAAUUGCGAGGAGACAUCAUUGCUGGACUGACCAUUGCUAGUCUUUGCAUUCCUCAGGAUAUUGGGUAUGCAAAACUUGCAAAUUUGGAUCCCCAGUAUGGAUUGUACUCCAGCUUUGUUCCUCCAUUGAUCUACGCUUUCAUGGGUAGUUCUAGAGAUAUAGCAAUAGGACCAGUAGCCGUGGUUUCUCUCUUGCUGGGGACUCUGCUUCAGAAUGAAGUUGAUUACAAAGCAGAUGCAGAAGCAUAUCGGAGGCUGGCAUUCACAGCUACCUUUUUUGCAGGAAUCACCCAAGCGACACUUGGGUUUUUCAGGCUGGGCUUUUUGAUUGACUUCUUGUCACAUGCUGCUGUGGUUGGCUUCAUGGGCGGAGCUGCGAUUACAAUUGCUCUACAGCAGCUUAAGGGUCUUUUUGGAAUACAAAAUUUUACGAAGAAAACUGAUAUAGUUUCUGUAUUGCACUCAGUAUUUGGCGCAGCACACCAUGGAUGGAACUGGCGGACCAUAGUUAUUGGCAUAAGCUUUUUAGCUUUCCUCCUGGUUGCCAAGUACAUAGGAAAAAAGAACAAGAAAUUCUUCUGGGUCCCUGCAAUUGCACCACUUAUAUCUGUUGUUCUGUCCACCUUCUUUGUGUUUAUAACCCGUGCAGAUAAGCAUGGGGUUCAGAUUGUGAGACACAUAGAGAAAGGAAUAAAUCCCUCCUCUGUGAAGGAAAUAUAUUUCAGUGGUCAAUUUCUCCUAAAAGGUUUUAGGAUUGGUGUUGUGGCCGGAAUGAUAGCAUUAACGGAAGCUGUCGCUAUUGGAAGAACAUUUGCUUCCAUGAAAGAUUAUCAACUAGAUGGAAACAAAGAAAUGGUGGCACUAGGAACCAUGAACGUUGUUGGUUCAAUGACUUCUUGCUAUGUGGCAACAGGUUCAUUUUCUCGAUCAGCUGUAAAUUACAUGGCUGGCUGCCAAACCGCAGUUUCCAACAUUGUUAUGUCUUUCAUUGUAUUUCUGACCUUGCAAUUUAUUACACCACUUUUCAAGUAUACCCCAAACGCUAUUCUUGCCGCUAUUAUUAUAUCUGCUGUGCUUGGCCUAAUUGACUUUGAGGCAGCAAUUUUGAUAUGGAAAAUAGACAAAUUUGAUUUCAUUGCUUGCAUGGGAGCCUUCUUUGGUGUAGUUUUUUCUUCCGUGGAGAUAGGCCUCUUGAUUGCAGUCUCAAUAUCCUUUGCCAAAAUUCUCCUACAAGUUACCAGGCCCAGGACUGCAAUUCUUGGGAAGCUACCUGGAACAACUGUGUACAGAAACAUUCAACAGUAUCCAGGAGCAACCAAGGUUCAGGGUGUUUUGAUUGUUAGAGUUGAUUCUGCAAUUUACUUUUCCAACUCCAAUUACAUUAAGGAAAGGAUACUAAGAUGGUUGAUGGAUGAGGAAGAACAAUUAAAAUCAUCAUUUCAACCAAAAAUUCAGUUUUUGAUAGUGGAGAUGUCACCUGUUACUGAUAUUGACACCAGUGGAAUCCAUGCCUUGGAAGAGUUACACAAGAGUCUCCAUAAGAGAGAUGUUCAGGUAAAGAAUAACUUUUGCACUAGUGUAACCAUCUCACUUUUUUUUUUGUUCUUAAAACUGUUUUCCAAUCUUUCACAAGAGAUAAUCACAUGCAGAAUCAUAAAAAUAGAACAAAAAAAAAAAAAAGAAAAGAAAGCUUUUAGAUUAGCCAAAAAUGGCUUACCAGGAGUAAGUAACCCAAUGUCUGUUGGCGCAGCUUAUUCUGGCAAAUCCUGGACCUGUGGUGAUUGACAAGCUACAUGCCUCCCAUUUUGCAACUACAAUCGGCGAGGACAAAAUCUUCCUCACAGUUGCAGAUGCUGUGUCUGCAUGUUCUCCAAAAUUGGUCACAGAAGUUUGAGUAAAAUCUGAAUGAGGAUGGAUUGUGUGCAGUGUUCCAUGUAUAAUAUAGAGUAGGUUGGUGGUGGGGUUUCAUUAUCCUUGCUUCACGCCAAAACACAGGAAAAGGGAUAAGGCUAAAGGGGGAUAAAGGUUUUUUGUAUAUAUAAUAUAUAAAAAGAAGAAAAAACUACAGGAAAAGCCUUGAUACCUGUGAUUCCACAUUCCUUGCAUUAGAAGAAUGAUUUAUGCUAAUUAAUAUGUGCAUUUAAUUUUUAGCUGCUCCAA